UUGUCCUCGUCAGCGAGUAGAUGUGAUUAUUGUCCCGAGCCCACGCUGUGAUGGCGAGUAUUUAACACCGAGCUGUUCAGGACUCGAGUGUGUGUGUGUGUGUGUGAGUGUGUGUGUUGCGAGCUCCGAGCUGCCACUGCUGAACAUGAUGGAGUGUGUGUCUGUGUGUGUUGUGGUGUUGAUGAUGUCAGCAGCGAGAGGUCACUCGUUGAGAUUUAACGAUCUGACGGACUACGUGAAUAAACAUCAGGAGGAGUAUGUACAGGCUCUGAGAGACUGGGUGUCUAUAGAGAGUGACUCCAGUGAUGUCACUAAGAGGGCGGAGCUACAGCGUAUGAUGGGCGUGGUGGAGGAGAAGCUGCGCGAGAUGAAGGGAAACGUGGAUGUGAUGGACGUCGGCACUCAGACGCUGGAGGACGGCAGCGUCAUUCCGUUACCUAAAGUGGUGACGGCGGCGUUCGGCGAGGAUGAGAAUAAACACACGGUGUGUGUGUACGGACACGUGGACGUCCAGCCGGCCAGGAGAGAGGACGGCUGGGCCACAGACCCCUACAACCUGACGGAGAUUAACGGAAACCUGUACGGCAGAGGAGCCUCGGAUAAUAAAGCUCCGGUUCUGGCCUGGAUUCAUGCAGUGGAGGCGUAUAAAGCUCUGGACAUGGAGCUGCCGGUGAACGUGAAGUUCCUGAUUGAGGGGAUGGAGGAGACGGGUUCUAACGGUCUGGACGUCCUGGUGGCGGCUCAGAGAGACGCGUUUUUCUCUGAUGUGGAUUAUAUCGUUAUCUCUGACUGCGGCUGGCAGAGCGCUCGUCCUGCUCUCACCUACGGCACGCGGGGAAACGCCUACUUCUACGCUCAGGUGGAGGGACCGAAGCAGGAUUUACACUCCGGAGUGGACGGAGGAGCCGUGAUCGAACCCAUGACCGACCUGAUCGCAAUUCUAGACACGCUGAUCAGUGCGAGCGGUGAGAUCCUGAUCCCCGGCGUUACAGACGCAGUCGCGAACUUCACCGAGGAGGAGAGGAAGAUAUACGAGGAGGUCGAUUUCGACAUGGAGACUUACAGGAGAACGAUCGGUGUUGAGCGACUCAUGUACGACAAUAAGGUCGACCUUCUGGCUCAUCUGUGGCGUUUCCCCACCGUGUCCAUCCACGGCAUCGAGGGAGCUUUCUCCGGCCACGGAACAAAAACCGUCAUCCCCGCUAAAGUCACGGCCAAGUUCUCCAUCCGCCAGGUUCCCAACAUGGAGCCUGCAGUCGUGGAGAAACAGGUAACUGAUCACCUGCACGCUGUGUUUGAGCAGAGGAAGAGUCCCAAUAAGCUCAAGGUGAAGAUGGUUAUCGGAGCGAAGCCGUGGUUAGCCGACAUCAAACAUGCGCUGUACGAGGCUGGGAAGAGAGCAGUGAAGAGAGUGUUUGGAGUGGAGCCGGAGCUGAUCCGAGAGGGAGGGACAAUUCCCAUCGCUCGCACUUUCCAGGACGUGACGGAGAAAGACAUCAUCAUGCUGCCCAUCGGAGGCUUCGACGACGGCCUGCACUCUCAGAACGAGAAAAUCAGCAGGUAUAACUACAUCGAGGGAACGAAGCUGUUCAUCGCUUACCUGCACGAGGUUUCUCACAUUAAGAAGGACUGAUCACGUCUACACGCUGUCCUGUGAUGAGUUCCUCAAUCAAUCACACAAUCAGUGUUACUGAUGCUAUCACUUUCUGUCUGUGCAUUUCAUUUCCUAAUGCUCUCUCUCUCUCUCUCUCUCUCUCUCUCUCUCUCUCCCUGUGCGUCAUGACAAUAUUCAGAGCUGAAAUAAAGUACAUUAUUAGCCUACAGAGCAGAAAACACGUGCUGGAGAGUCUUUGCAAGCAUUAUGUUUUACAGAUAUAUCAAUAAAAUCACAGUUUCAGAUUAUAUUAGAAUAACAACUGACCUUUAUUUUAAGUUUAAUUUUUUUAUUGUUCUUACUGUGUGUAUUCCUUUCCAGAAAUAUGACAAAUGAACAAUUUAAAACCGUGAGACUUUUAUUGUGUAGUUUUCAGAACAGACGUGUGAUUUGAAGGUUGCCAGGUUGCAUCAUUAAAAACAAGACUUCAUCUUAUAUAAGAAUUCCUCUAUGCAGUAAAAUGCAACAUCUGUAAUAUUCUGUAAUAUCACAAGACACAUGAUUUAUCUCAGACAAAUACAAAACAUACAAACA